AAGCCAUAACCCUAAAACUUAUAGUCUCAUUCACUUCUUCUUCGUUUUUCACUCGACCCUUGAGAGAGAGGCUCUCAGCACCACUACCCCUCACCAUCUGCACAACAACUUCUUCUUCUUUCUCCAUCCUCCAUAAUCAUCUAGGAGUUGCAGGAUUCUUCUUUUUCUUCAACAAUGGUAAAGACAGGGGAUGAAGUAAUCAGUCAAGAGAUGACCCAGCUGAUGACUGAUGUUUUAUAUGCUGCACCACCUUCAACAUUGUUAGAGGAGGCUGAAUUACUAAAAAAGUGCAAACGGGCUAUCGAUGCUGUGCACAAACUCGAGAUAGCACUUUCCUGGCAGGUAUGCUUUGCCUAUAUUCACAAAAGAAUGAGACGGCCUCUAGAGGAACAAAAGCUCGUGAAACUCGCGAUGGAUGUUGCUGAUAAAUUGGCCAAAGAUCCAGAUGAUGCUUUCAAUGGAUUAGUGCAUUAUCUUUUUAACUGUAUAGGUUAUGGUGUUGAUGUCUUAGCUGCUUGCUAUACACGGCUUCUUAAAGAGAAAGAGGAAGAGAAGAAAAAGAAAGAGAAAGACAAGGUUAAUGAGACAGAGAAUGAGAAAGACAAGGACAUUGAGCUCCUGUUAUUGCGUCUCUUCAGAUGUAAUGUCUAUGAAUGUGAUUACCCUGCGCAGCGAAAGACGGCAGGCAUAUUGCAUAGGAUUUCCCAAACAAAUGAAGAAUUAGCGUAGUAUAGACUCUGGGAGGCUUGUAGUUAUAUCCAACAGGUACCAAGAGAGGUGGCACUACUUAAACCUCAUGAGAGAACAAGACAGUUGGAAUCAACAGAUAAGUCACUACUUAAACUAGCAAAAGCCUGUUUUGAAGAGUCGUCUAAGAAAAUUGAACUGAAGGAACCGGAUGGUAUACUCCUCUAUAGUUCACUCAUCUUCUGAAACAUAUUUAAUCAAUGCCACUUAUGCAAAUGGCUGUUGAAUUCUUUUGCAGCCCUUCUCUUCAUUUCGAUGCUAGAAAAUCUGGAGGAAUAUGGUGAUGCGCUUAAAAUCCUCAAAAAGUUGCCGCCUAAAGAUGAGAUGCAACGCAUAAAGGGACGGCUUCUUGCUCUUCAAAAGAAUUAUUCUGAUGCUACUGCGGUCUUUCAGGGGUUACUCGAGAAGGGACUAUCUGGACAGUUUGUUGGAGGAUGCCAGCAGGUGGUCUACUAGGACCGGAGAUGGUCAAGCUCUUCCAAGACCUUUGUCUAGAGACAAGUUAGAAACUGCAUCCGCUUUUGUGAAAAAAUUGCAGCAGUCGACUGUCCCUUACUGGGCAGAUAUCAAAAUUGAGUUCAGGAAAUCAUUGCUCGACGGGGGUAUUAGGCAUGAGGGGAUGCAGUUGCCUAUUUGCAAGUACUUUGACAGAUUCGGUCACUUGCCUACCUUCAUCUCUGAUAUUGAGAAGUUCCUCGAAGUCUUGGUCCUGGAAGAAAGGAGAACAUUAUGUGGGUGUCUUCAAACAUAUCUUGGGGAGGAUAAUGACGAGUCGCGUAGUAUUCUGAAAAGGAUUACCUUCUCUGGCAUUGAAGAAUGGUUUGGGUUCCCGUUUGAGUUAUCUAUCAAGGAUAUUGCAACAAGAAAUUUAAAGAUAGGACAUACGUAUGUUAAAAAUCUUCAAUACAAAGAGUACCUGGAUUUCAGGGAGGGACAAGAUCUCUACAUGGCAUGUAAUGCGCUGGUGCAGUUGUUCUGGCGCACCAAGAAUGUUGGUUACCUGGUGGAAGCAAUCAUGGUUCUGGAAUUCGGCUCGAAGAACCACAGAUCCUGUUGGCAGUUCACAACUUCAUUGAUGCACUGAUACACUUACAUCGGCGCGCUACCUUUGGCCCUUGAAAGGUACCAAGCCCUGAAUGUAAAUAACAUCCUAUGGGAAACAUUCUGGGAGCAUAUAGUGCCAGGAAUGUUGGCGUCGCCACAUUUGGAAGAUUUAGGUGGCCUCUUACGCCUUUAUUCAGGUUUUAUGGAUCACCAUCUUUCUGAUGUACGGGAACGCACCUUUAACGCGUACGCCACUGGUGAUCACGCACUUGCAAUCAAGUUGGGUUAUUUUACGAGGCGGCUUAAGACAUCUCAUCAGUAUGUGAUAUCAGAAGUUGAAAGCAUGGUAUUAGAGGUGAAGCA